AUGGGCCCGGUGGCGCCGGCGCGGGAGCCGACGAGUUGGUCGGAAGUUCUACAGCAAAUGGCGCCAGAGGAAAGUGAGCGAGGACGCUCCCUCCCAGUGGCCAUUGCAGUACGCAGCUGGCUCCAGCGCUUCAUCAUCGCAGAAGGUUUGUGCCCCUGGGCCGAAGCCGCUUUGACUUCGGGCGCCCUGGCUGUGGUUUGCCUCCUCGAGAGCGAUGAGAAGGCGGUGGCCCAGCGUCUUCUGCAGCACGGGCAGCUCUUGCAGCGAGCGAAGCCACCGGGCUCCCUGGGUGCCACGACGCUGGCCUUGGCGCCACGUUGCCAUGGCCUUCAGCGGCUGAAACGCUUUCAUAAGGUCUGCGACUAUUUGGACUUGAAUCUGGAUGAGACCAAGGUCCAACUGGCACCGUUCCAUCCUUUGUGGCGCUUUGAGGGUCGCCAGCUGCCUGGAGAAGGCGAUGUGCCGGAGGGUCGAGGGGAAGAUGCGGCGAACUACGUGAAUCGCUCACCCGUCCCAGCGUUUCACUUCUUAAGACCCUCGGCGGUGGAAGACAGUGAACGGCGUUUUGUGUCGAGCAGGCCUGGUAGAAGAUGGGGACUCAAUGGGGAGUCAUAUUGUGACUUUGAGCAACUUGUGCCCUUGGGCCACACUGCGGUUUUGUUUGAUGUGUGGAUGCAACACCGUUUGCUGGCUGAUUCAAGGAGUUAA